AUGGAAGCAGAUGGAUCACAGUGCGCUAAUGGAGCCAAAGGACUGAGCUGGGCCAUGGUCUCCGGGCUCAGCUGCUCAUUUACCCAGAGAAGAGCUGCCUCAUCCAGGCACAACUCACAUGCCUCCAACAACUUCUUCUUCCUGGUCAGUGAGAUCCGCGGACAUCAGGGGACUCCAGGCGCGCCGUGUGUCCGCUCAGACUGGGACACAUCAGGCAGUGAGUUCAGGAAGUGCGCCAGCCUCGCUCUCCACAGAGACAGUUUCAAACCUCCGUCAGCAUGUCUAACGAGCACACGCCGCUGCUGA